AUGGAAAUGUUUAGAGAAGGAGGUUCCACCUCGAGACCUCCGAUGCUGGAAGGAGCCAACUAUCCAUACUGGAAAACCAAGAUGCGUGCUUUCUUGAGAGCUGUAGAUGAAAGAGUUUGGAUGUCCAUAGAAGAAGGGUGGUGGAAACCAACGAUGAUGGAGAAUGAAAUCGUUAUACCCAAACCUAUGAGCCAAUGGACCACAGUUGAAAUGGAAAGAGCGAAUUUCAACUCGAAGGCACUUCAUGCCUUGUUUAAUGCUGAAGCUUGGGAGAAGCUGAAAAUUAAGAACGAGGGAACUGAUGCUGUCAAGAAAUCAAGAUUGCGUGCCUUGGCAAAGGCCUUUGAAAAUCUUACCAUGGAGGAGGAUGAGUCUGUUGCUGAGUUCCAUGCAAAAUUGUGUGACAUUUCGAAUGAAUCGUAUGCUCUGGGGAAAACUUACUCUAAUUCAAAAUUGGUUCGAAAGGUGCUUGGUGUUCUCCCUAGAAGAUUCAUGUCCAAAGUUACCUCAAUCGAAGAAAUGAGAAACAUUGAGGAACUCGAUUUUGAUGAACUCAUCGGGUCUUUGCAAAAUUAUGAGCUAUCUCUGUCCAGGUGGAAGAAAACCAAGAAACAAAAGGAGGUGGUGAAAGAAAAGUCAGAUGCCAGGAUUGCACUUAUACACCAAGAAAACAAGAAACCAGUUCUGGAAGAUUUGAAUGGCAUUACUGAUGAAACGGCUGAGUGCGCCAACACACUAAAAAAGAAAAAGGCCCUUGCAGCAACCUGGAGUGACAGUGAUGAGAAAAAGAAUUCCAUCGCCAGUGAAGGAUCAUAUGAGGAUAAGCAGGUACUGGCAUUCAUGGCGCAAAGCUGUAAUCCAGUUGAGUCUGAAGAUGAUGCAGUCUCCACCUCAUCAGAAGCUGAUAGCACAGGUCGACAAAAUGCUUAUGAAGAAAUGUUUGCACAAUGGGAGUACAUGACUAAACAGAUCUGUGCUCUAAAGAACUCACUAGAGCAAGUGGAGACUGAAAAAGGAAAGUUAGAAGACACUGUCAAAAACCUCAACAGACUUCUUGAUGAAAAGGAGAAUGAGAUCUAUAAACUCACAGCUGAUCUAAUUCGAACCAAGCAAGCUUUACAAUUCAUUCCCCCAGGCACUGCAGCUAUCAAUCAAACCUUACAGCUUCAGAAGCCCUAUGGUGAUCGAACUUCCUUAGGAUAUAAGAUGAUGUAUAAACAAGGGAAUGAUCUGUCUGUUGAGCAUUCUCUGCCCUCUAAUGUCGAUUCAACAAAGAAGGAAGAUGAGUUACCUGACACCUCAACCACCAUUAACGAAUCUGACUCAUCUGAGAAGAGACAGGUUCCAACUGGACCCAUUAAACUCAAGUUUGAAGGAAGGAGGACUGAUGCAGAAAAUCUACUACAGAAUGACAAUUUCUUCCCUCAACCAAAUAAGUCACAUGGACGCAAACCUCAUCGAGAAUGGAAAAUAAAGUCCAAACCAAAUCCUGAUGUUGGUUUGGUUGCAAAGCUAUCCCUGUCUGUCUUUGUUGAAGGGCAGUGGUACUUUGACCAUGGAUGUUCUCGUCACAUGACUGGAAAUAAGAAAUUGCUAGUUAACUACAAAGAUGAAAAAUGGGGAUCUGUCACUUUUGGGGAUGGUAACAAAGGGCAGAUUGCUGGGAGAGGUGAUGUGAAUGUGAAUGGAGUAGCUCAGCUAACUAAUGUCCUAUAUGUGAGAGGACUCAAAGCCAAUCUCAUCAGCAUCGGCCAAUUGUGUGACGACAACCUCUCUGUAAGUUUCACAAAAACUCAAUGUUUAGUUUCAUUUGAUGGAUGUGUUGUCUUAACAGGAAACAGAACAGUAGACCAGUGCUAUGCUGUAUGCAACACCAUAGUGUGCAACAGGACCAUCUUGGACAAACCUGACUUAUGGCACUACAGGCUAGGACAUUUGAACUACAGAGAUCUCCAAAGAUUGAUGGAGCUUCAAGCUGUAAGGGGAAUUCCUGACAUGAAAGUGUCCAAGGAGAGAGUCUGUGGUCCAUGUCAGCUUGGAAAACAGCAUAAGACACCUCAUCCCCCAAUUAAUAGACUUCUCACCUCUCGUGUGUUGGAACUAAUGCAUGUUGACUUAAUGGGGCCAAUGUAG